AAGACAAGCCCCAUUGGUUUCCGAUAAAUCAUCAAGGCAAAGGCGGCCUACAUCCUUUUUUUCUCAUUGAGUCUUCAGCGUGACCAUGGCGAGCAAGAAACGUAGUGCUGCUGCACUCAGCGAGGAUGGGGAACUUGCUAAUGAUGAAAUCCUGGAGCUGCAUCAGUUCGUGGAGGGGUGCUCUGGAUAUUUUCAGUGCAGGGCCUGCCGUAUGCUUCCAUUGGACUUGCGUGCCUUCGGAUCUAUCUCAUUGGGCCGUCCUUCAGUCGAAUUCGUUCAAAAUCAUAGCAAGAUUUGUAGGGGCGAAGUCUUCUGUUUGGAUCAUUUGGCCAAAACAAUGAAAGAGUUCAUCAAAACUGAAACUAACAUCAACAGCAGCAUUCUUUUGCAGCCUCGGUUCAAAGUCAUUAUCCGAGAAAUUGUUGCGCAUAACGAGAUACUUGUGGAAGUAUUCACACAUGGUGUUGAAGCUGUCAUGAAAAAAAAAGCUGAUGCCGAUUUCGCCACUCCAGGGCUUUGGAAAAAACUCCCCAACAAGGUAUCUUAUGAAAAGGUCGCGGAUGCCUUCGAAGGCUUCAUUGUGACAACUACGGAUCUUUUUGGUAAACUGGGAGAGUUCACGCUGCUCUUGCGCUACUUACAGUCGAUCUGUCCGGCUCUGAGCGUGCCGGCAGAGGUGCUGGCGUCGAGUGCGGCUGCCAAGAAGCGAGCGGCAGAAGACGCUAAAAACGCUCCCCCGCCGUCUUCUGAUGAAGAAUCGGAUGAAGAGUAAAUGCAAAAGAUGGAUAUUCUUUUGUAGGUUGGAGACUAUAACUAAGAUUGACGAAAGAUGCUCUGCU